AUGCAGCAAGAACGAGAGAGUGCCGAGUUGUGUCUAAAUGGCUGCGGCUUCUUUGGUGUUCCAGGCAGCGGUGGGAUGUGCUCUGUUUGCUGGAAAAAGACCAUGUCAGAUCGUCAAGCGACGACGACGACGACGACAGUGGCGUCUCCUCACUCGGAAGAGACAAAAGCAGAUGAUGUGGCCUCGUGCCAGUCGAUUACGUCUUCUAUUGAGACGACGAAGAGCAACAUUACGUUGUUGGAGAAGGAGACGGAGAAACCUGCAGAGAAACCGGUACAAAAGAACAAGAAGCGUUGCUGGGAGUGCAAGAAGAAGGUGGGGCUCACUGCCAUCGAGUGUCGCUGUGGCUAUGUAUUCUGUGGUAGCCAUCGAUUUGAGGACCAGCACGAGUGCAGCUUUGAUUUCAAGACGGCAGACCGCGUCGAAUUGGCGCGUCGUAAUCCCGGAGGUGGUGCCUUUAGCAAAUUGGAGAAGCUGUAA